AUGACUGAAGAAGAAUAUCCAUAUCAGCCUGAGAAAGGAACGUGUAAAUUUGAUAAGACCAAAACACACCAAACGUUCCUUGAUCUCCAUUACGCACUGAAUGAGACAGAUAUGGCUCACAUGAUUGCUGAAUAUGGUGUUAUCUCUUUUGGAUAUGAUUGUUCGCUUUCGACAUUUACUUAUUAUAAGGAUGGAGUUUAUGAUGAUCCUUCUUGCGAUUUGUGGAAUCUCUGUCAUUAUAUGCUGAUUGUAGGUUAUGGUUCAGAAAACGGAAAGAAUUACUGGCUCUCGAAAAAUUCCUUCGGAACUACUUGGGGUAUAGAUGGAUACUGCAAGUUGGUAAGGAAUAAAAAUGGUCAAUGCGGUAUUGAUCUCUUAACUUACACACACUUGAUAGAUUGA